AUGAUCGACGAACUCAUCCACCAUUGCAUUGAGCAGAUCGGUCUGGACGGCGAAGCUGGAACCGAAAUCGACCGCUUCGCCGACUACGUCCGUCAAUUUCACAUUGAUCAUUCCUCACGCUCGCACUCUCCCGACCAGCUCAUCGAUGCAUCCUAUCUCGCUUUUGUCUUCCGUCAGGUCCUGGGCCAUCCAGAUGUCAGCGUUGGUCUCUUUGUUGCCGGGAUGCCUGCCAAGAGUGGGGCAAGGGGUGGCAUCACAAGGAAACCCACUGCAGCCCUUGACAGCCCAGUCCCUACGCCGCAAAAGGCAGAGAACAACUCUACACACUCGUCAGAAUACGACACGGUCGAUCUGUUGCCCGACCAAGCCCUUGCAGAGCAACAAGGCCUCGAGAAUCUUCAGCAGUUGCACGCGCAUCGUCUCCGCCUCGUCCUACACACUGAUCUCAUCAAGCGUAUACUUGUCGGCACCGACGCGAUCUACUUGCCGCCUUCGAGCUAUCGCGUGCUCCAGAUCGUCUGUCGAUCCAGAGAGCAGCCCGUACUUAGCACGGACAUUGGCACAGCCAUUCACACCGACCAGAAAACCGUCUUUUACAUCUGCAAGCGCCUCAUCGAACUCAACCUCAUCACCAAGUUCCAGGCCCGCGAGACUGGCACCACCGCAAGCUACUUCGUCGCCACGCGCUUCGAGCAUCGCUGCGAUAUCCUCGUCAGGCAAAGGAACGCGGACAUCGCUACGGAUCUCCAUGUGUCCGCCGGAGUCCCAGCCCAGAGCUCCGGCCAGCCGUCCUCGUCCAAUCCUGCCUCAGCUUCCUUUGUUUCCGUUUCCGCCGACCAUCCGGCCGAUGACGAUGUCGAAGCCGAUGUCGAAGCCGAGGACGACGAUGCCGCUCCAGCCUUGACCGCACCCACCGUCACAGUCAAGGAGGAAGAGUCGCAAUACCUCGACAACGCUGCCACCGACGCCAUCCCGCUCGCUCCAACCUCCACGCCCAUCUUUGAGCAUCUCGAUGCAGACAAAUCGCUCCUGUGGAUGCGUAGUCGUCCCGAGCUCGUGCGCUUCCGCAUCUACCUCGUCUGCAACUCCACCUCGUCCAAGGUCACCGCCCGUCUCCACCUGCUCCGUCGCAUCAAUCUCACCUCCACUGGCCAGCCCAGGAAGGCUUUUGUCGCACUGCUCGAGCAUGCUGUCGUAAACCACUUACUUGAGCUUGUCAACGUCUACGUCUCGAACACCGGCCGCACCCAUCGAGGUCUUCGUAUGACGCCCAAGGGUCGCGCCGAGAUGUACGAAAUGCUCAGCGGCGAGUACGGCGAUGCCGCCACCAUUCAACAGCAGGCCAAGGCUGCCAGGCUCAACGACAGGCUUCAACAGGAUCUGAGCAGAGUCGAUCCCGCCUUGCCUCGCGAGCUCACUCUGGAACGCCACGUUCACGAACAAGUCGCACGUGCCGGCCCCGUAGGACGUACCAUCAGGCAGCUCAUGACCCAACUACACGCCACCGGUCACUUUGCCCGUGCACUCGAUCAGAUCGUUCAACGAGCCGAGGAUGCCAAUGGCGAACCCGCCUUGAGCGAUCUUCGCACUCGCAGCUUCCACGAGCACAAGGUCCGCGUUCGCAGCACCAAAAUCUACAGCCAUCACGCCUGGGUGCUACAAUCUGCCAACGACGGCAUAUUGGAUCCAGACGACGUUCAACUCCUUGCCAAGGCGGGUGGUCCAACCACCUACCAUCUCACAUCCUCCGCUUAUGACGCUCCCGCUCAGGUCGAUCGCCAUUUGCACACCUUGAGCAACGACUUGUUCACGCCCACGCCUCGCAAAGGCGCUCACAGGAUCGGUCGUCCGCCCAAGAAGCGCUCUCUGGACGACAACGACCAAGACACGCCGCCGCGGAAAAGGGGACGUCCCAGGAAACACCCGCUUCCGGAUCCUGCUACGCCCGAUAUACCCAAGAAGCGCGGACGGCCGCGCAAGGAUCAGACGGAUUCUGCGGAUUCGGCAGAAGCGUCUCCGGCUGUUGCGGAGACGCAGCCGGAGACGCCGCAAUUUGCGGGCUCCUCUACUUCGCGUCGUCGCAAGGCCACGCAGAAGCAGGACGCUGCGCAAGAUAUCUCGCCGCCAGCACGUCCGAAUCCUCGCAGCGGCUCGAAAGCAUGCUCCAGCGAUCUGAUGGAGGAUGAGUACACGCCCACCGUUCCCGACUCUCCCACUGCUGGAGUUGCUACCCGUCGCAGUCGGCGCAUCGUUCAGACUCGGGAGCAAACCAGACCAAGUUCGCUGCUCGCGUCGUCUCCCGUCACUGCGAUGAUGGAUGAGAAUGCAUCAUCCCAGGUCGAUCAGGCGGCCAAUUCCGAGCCAGUUCCCACUGCCCCUGCUGCUUCUUCAACCACAAAAGACGAAGCCACAACGCAACCUGAUGUUUCUGCCGAGGACCACCAAGGUCCAAAACUCAGCGAAGCAGCACCACCAUCCGCCGUUGACGUCUCCAACAUCAGUGACCUCAUGCCAGCAGCCUCUCAGGUUAAGGCUGAGGCACCAUUCGUCUUGCCUGCCACACCUGCUGCCAAGAUGCAAAGCGACUACACCACCCCUACACGGACCGCAUCAGGGCGGAAGAGCCGCGCCAGUGUGAAGCAACGCACCAAUCUGACGCAACUUCGAAGUUCUCUCGCGCUCGUUGAAUGCAUUCGCGAUGCAGGUGGCGCCAUGGACGUGCUCCAGAUUCCAGACCUCCUCAGCGAUUACGUGGAGCGUCAUGGCUUUACAUCGGAUGCUCAGCUCAGCGAUCUACGCGACAGGAAGGUCAGAGAGAAGGCGCUCGCGGCUGCAGUCGACAACAACGUGCUUCGCCGUACCUUCAUCCGACUCGACCUCCCCACUGCUCAAUUUCCGCGGCGUCAGAUUAUCUAUCUUCCCGAGAUGCCGACGGAUCAGCUGCAAAGGUAUUGCGAGUCCGUCAAACAAGGUCACAGUGGCUGGUUCGGCUCGAAGGACACAAAGACAGCCUUGACCAAUCCUACCAACACGGUCGCCGUUGACUCGCAAGACGCCAUCCGCUUUGCAAAGCCAUGGCAUGUGCGCGAUCCUCUGCCUCUCGCCGACUUGCCAAAGGACGAGAGCCAGCUUUUCAAUUUGCGCCAAUUCUUCCGCGACGUCACCAGCGUCUCACGGCAGCACCUCGGCUUCUUGGGUGGUGAGCUUAUGCGGCUCAAAGCUUUCCACCUCGCCUGUGCCAAGUAUAUACUUGCGCGUUCGCAGGCGUCCCUUAGCGGCGAUGGUGCAAGGUCGAUCCCGCUGAGCUUCUUUUGGACAGAAGCGCCUCUCGACCUGUUUUUGGCCCUUGUCCCUACCGCUGUCAUGGAUGAAUCCGCCGAGCGGGAAUCGCUCGACCCUCAAGUGCGGCUCACAUCGGUUCAUGCAUUGUCCGAGCAGCUCAAGGCGAGGCUCGGGCUGACGGGUCGCUUUUCGGACGCUGUCGGCAUCUCGAUCUACAGCCUUGCGACGCAGCUGUCUCAACUAGGUCUGGUUCAGCUGCACGCUACAAAUGCCGCGAACGGCGAGGGUGAAAGCAAGGUCGAUGUCGCGACCACGUCUGUCGAGCCCCGCCGCUAUUUGCCAGUGUAUGACUGGACGAGCGAGCAAGAGCUUAAGCCUCUGAUCGGCUCUGUCAAUGCUGGCUUGGAUGUCGAUCAGAUCAACUGCUUCUGGAUAAAGAUGCAGACAAUCUGCCUCAAGCUAGCCAGGGCGGUCAAUGCAGACGGCGCUCCGAGCGAGGACCCCGCAGAUCCGACGAGCGGCCUGGAGGCAGAUGGUGUGUCCGAGAUGGAGAGGUUCAAGAAGAUCCCAGAGGAGCUUUCGAGCGUCCUAUCCUCGGACAAGGCGUGGCGUCCUUUCCACCAACUCAGACCGUCGCAGGUCAAGUUUUUGUACCGCAUCGCUGUGCAAGACAUUCCCUCGGUGACGCAGGUGGAAGUCGACAGGCUUUCAUACGUGACACUUGCUCCACAGCAGGUGAUCCGUGCCGUGCUGCAAAAGCGCUACGAACAGGCCAAAGGGCGGGAGGACCCCAACAGUUUCGUCCAGCAACCCAAGCUGCGCUUUACUUGGCCACUCAAGCUCAGCACCAUCAGCCUGCCGACAGACGUGUACAGGUCGAUGGAAGCGGAAGCAGUAGCGAAGGCGACUGCAGCCGCGAGCGAGAAGCGUAAGAAGACGCAGGCCCAACGAGAGAGGGACGGACGCAUGACGACGCUCAACAAGGCCCGUCAGCUCCGCGAGAGGCGCGAGCAAGAGUUCGAGUCGGUGCUUCAACAAGCCUUCGGCGACGCUUCGGCUGCCCAGAACCUUCGCGCCAAGAUCGAGACUGCGCUUGAGGUGAUCCGCCGCAGGUUCGUAGCUGGCGACGUUGGGUUGGACGCAAGCGCUGUUCAGGCCGCCAUCUCGCGGACCAUUCGGUCGGCUUCGGGUGUUCGACUCAUGCCCGCUGUUCGAGCUCCAGCACGGGAUCGGACACAAAGCCAACAAAAGGGAUCCGGCCGCGGACGGGCCAAAGACCUCCAAACCAAGGAACAGCCGUCGCAGCAAGUCAGGGAGGGUGGGGACGCUGCCAGUGGGAAGAGCACCAAGAAGAGAGAUCGUCGCAGUCGUCGAAAUCCGGACCUCGGCCACUUUUGGACGCCAGCAAGAAAGGAGCUGUUGCGCGACGCAGCCGUCAUCCUUCGCGUACGAGACCGGGUGCGCGGUCGAUCCGAUUGGUCGGCGCUGUUCCAAGUCAUCGAUCGCGAAGAGCAGCAGCAGACCCGUGGCGUCAUCAUGGCACAGUGGCGCAGUCAGUACUACCGGAUGCAAUCACUCUAUGGCGAAGAAGCUUACCUGGCUGCGCUUGAGAGUCGCUGGAUCCCGGUCUACCUGUCCGCGCGCGAGUCGGGCUCCUUGCAGGACGAAGACUUCCCCGCUGCUUCUGGAUUCGACCUCGUGGCGCAGAUCCAAUUGCUCCGCGACGAGAUCGACAAGAAUGAGGUGCAGCGUUCGCUCGCCAAGCCGAUCGCUAAGCAUCAUCUUCCCUUGCAGCUGGACGCCUCGACGGACUUUACGCGGGCGUGGAAGGAGGAGUUUGUGCAAGAUCCUAUUGAGCGGCGCUUCGAGGGAUUCUUUGCUAGCGGCGAGAUGGGCGUCACGACCAAACGUCGGGAGGCCCUGCUUUUUGCACCCUUGGGUGAAGAAGCGGACACACACGAGGGUGAAACGGGCGGUAAAGCAGAAGCAGUAGAUGCGAUGGCAGAGUGGGCUGUGCGUGUCGUCAUCGCUAGCUCGGAUGCCAACGCUCACGACGUACAGGCAGCACCGUCGGCGGUAGACGAGAUGACCAAAGCGGACUUUUGCAGAGGCGUAGGCGACGUUCGCAUCGAAGAGACUAUGCAGCGGCUGAUCGACGCCAAGCUCAUCCGGUCCAUGUCGACGGAUCCGAUGGUGCGUCGCAGGCCGGGGACUAAUUUCGUGUUCACCGAAGAGCUGCAGAAGCUCCUGCCGGACCAGACUGCGGCCAAUCGGUUGGCGGCAGCAGAUCUGCAGGCGAUUCUGAAGCAUCGGAAGGAAGCGUUCCAGAUGAUCUGCGAUGAAGGCGGGAAUGGUGUUGUGGUGGAACCUGUGGAGGCGGAUGGGGAGGCGGCGGCGCUGGUUCCAUUGCUGGAGUCGGGCUUGGUGAGCGGCGAGGUGGACGUGAGGGCGUUCGAAGCGCUGAGGCAGGGGGCGGCUUUCAACGCGCGCGUGUUGAAUGAUGAUGAUCUCGAGGCGCUGAUCAGCGUCAGAGGAGGGGCUGGGAUGAUGGAGAUGCUUGAUGCAGCGGUGGUGGGUUUGCCUGCUGUGCCGGAUGAUCAGGUGUUGGGAUGGCUGACGGAUGAGUGUCUUGUAGGGCGAGAAGGGGAGUUGGAUGUGGUUUGGAGGCAGAGGUUGGAGGGUGUGGUUGGCGAGCUCUCGCAGUCGGACGCAUCUGCGGCUAGGCGACUGCAGGAACUGGGUCUCGAAUUGAUACGAUCGGGAUCCCGUGGUCUGUCUCUCGACGAUCGCGAGUAUGGGCUUAGUCGGGAAGAUGUCGAGGCACUCACAUCGGGCCAUCUGCCGCUGGCAUUCUUCUCGCCACUCACAUCGCACCCCGUGCUGGUGGCAUCGUUGUUCGUGCGCGACUACGUUUUCACCGUCCCAUCUCGUGGCGCGAGCGCACAACUCGUCGUACCUCACGUAUGGACCACCCUUGUGCAUCCAGCGGUGAGCCAGUGGCGAUGGCUACUCGAUACACUGGUGGCGUACGUGCUUCAACGACCAGCACGCGCAAUGACUUUCUUCUUCGCCGGUCCUCAUCUUGCCGUCGAAAACGAUGAAACAGAACCUCUAUUAACAAAACACUGA